AUGACCAGCUCUGUCCAGGGUACCGAAUCUGGUGUCACAAUACCAAUACCGUUGGACGAUGCAGGAGUAUCUCCUGAUGCAACUCUCCUGCCACCGAAUCCAAAUGCGAUUCCAGUCGCGUUUCGGAAGCAGGCAGGGAGGCAGAGGGGGUUGGAAGGAGAUCGGGCUGAGCUACUUUAUGACAAGGAGAUGGAGAAGAAGCCCCUCUUGAGCUCAGCUGGGGUGGUUCAGGAAAGGGCGGCGGUUUGUUCACUGAGCAUAAGCUUCAAUGAACCAAGAGGAAAAGAGAAUGUCUCACAGGGCACCGAAACCGAAACUGACUGGAUCUCCGAAGCUGUCCUGUUGAUAGAAGAAGGCUCAAUAGGGUGA